CGGCCUGUAGCCAGGUGAGGCCAGAACCUCCAUUUCAGAAGCUUCCUCUAGAAUCCGUCGCUGUGGUUACUUCCAGUAGAAUGUUUCAGGAAGAGGUUUGUCUGCGCGGGACAGCAGCGCCAUUCAUCACUACAGGAGGGCAGAAUCCGGGGCUGGGGGCCGCACGUUGAGAGGGGAGGGGCCGGGGGCGGCCCCCUUGUGACCAGCCCUGAGGAGAGGUCAGGAGAGAAGGCUGGCUGGCUGAGGAUUGCCUGGACAGCAGCAGCUGCUGACGCUGUGAAUCACGCGCCUGGGGCCCAAGUCGCAGCUCAACUCCAGACGCCUUUCUCUGCCUGACGGUGAGCUGAUGGCCCAAAUUCGAGAAGCUUCCUUGCCCUCCGCCUUUUUCGUCUGCUGGAGCUCGUGAGGUGGGGGAGGAGCCUUGCCCGAGGAGGCGUCUGAAAAGGCGGGGGAGAUGGAGGACGAGGAGGCGGUGGAGGGGGCGGCGAAGGCUUGUGCAGGCCAGGAAACUGAGGAGAUGAAGCUGGAGCCAUUACAAGAGCGUAAGCCUGCGCCUGAGGAGAACUUGAUGUGGAGCAACAACUGCGGCGAGGAGAAGGUGCUCCCUUCAAUGCCCCCUCGCUGGCAGAGCAGCUCCUUGUCCCUUUGCCCACGCCGCAAGCCCCGCCCUCGGCCCCAGCUCCGGCCUCGCUCCCGAGGCCCUCCGGGGCCUUCAGCCCCACCCCCGACCCCUCCCCAUCCUCCCCCACUACCUCCGCGGCUCCGGCCCUGGCGCAGACCUCUGCGUAGAUCCCGGCAGGCACCCAGGACCCCAAUGCGGCAAAGCUGUUUUGGUGACUUAGGCAGCUCUGGGGAUCGAGGUGGCUUUGGGGACUGGCUGCUGGAGGUGGAGUUUGAUCAGGGUCCAGCAGGCUGCUGUCAUGUGGAGAGUUUUAAAGUAGUGAAAAACUGGCAGAAGAACCUUCGACUCAUCUACCAGCGUUUCGUCUGGAGUGGGACCCCAGAGACUAGGAAGCGUAAGGCAAAGUCGUGCAUCUGUCAUGUAUGUAGUACCCAUAUGAACAGACUCCAUUCUUGUCUCUCCUGUGUCUUUUUUGGCUGCUUUACUGAAAAGCAUAUUCAUAAACAUGCAGAAACAAAACAGCACAAUUUAGCUGUAGACCUCUAUCAUGGGGUUAUAUAUUGUUUUAUAUGUAAGGAUUAUGUUUAUGACAAAGACAUAGAACAGAUUGCCAAAGAAACAAAAGAGAAAAUUUUGAACUUAUUAAUUUCCACCUCAACAGAUGUUUCUCAACAACAGUGUAUGGAAUCAGGUGUUGAAGAGAAGCAAUCAACCUGUGAGUUAAAGGAACAGGAGCCAAAAUUGGUGAAGCCCAAGAAAAAGAGGAGAAAAAAGUCAGUCUAUACCGUAGGCCUGAGAGGGCUAAUCAAUCUUGGGAACACCUGCUUUAUGAAUUGUAUUGUCCAGGCACUUACCCAUAUUCCUCUACUGAAAGAUUUCUUUCUCUCUGACAAGCACAAAUGUAUAAUGACAAGCCCCAGCUUGUGUCUUGUUUGUGAAAUGUCUUCGCUUUUUCAUGCAAUGUACUCUGGGAGCCGAACUCCUCACAUUCCCUAUAAGUUACUGCACUUGAUAUGGAUCCAUGCAGAACACUUAGCAGGGUACAGGCAGCAGGAUGCCCAUGAGUUCCUUAUUGCAAUAUUAGAUGUGCUGCAUAGACAUAGCAAAGAUGAUAGUGUUGGGCAGGAAACCAGUAACCCCAACUGCUGUAACUGCAUUAUAGAUCAAAUUUUUACAGGUGGCUUGCAGUCAGAUGUCACAUGUCAAGCUUGCCAUAGCGUCUCCACCACAAUAGAUCCAUGCUGGGACAUCAGUUUGGACUUGCCUGGCUCUUGUGCCACAUUCAGUUCCCAGAGUCCAGAGAGAGCUGACAGCACAGUGAGUAGGAAUGACCACAUACCAGGAAUCCCCUCACUCACAGACUGCCUACAGUGGUUUACAAGGCCAGAACACCUAGGAAGUGGUGCCAAAAUCAAAUGUAGUAGUUGCCAAAGCUACCAGGAAUCUACCAAACAGCUCACAAUGAAGAAAUUACCCAUUGUGGCCUGUUUUCAUCUAAAGCGGUUUGAACAUUUAGGCAAACAAAGACGAAAGAUUAAUACUUUUAUCUCUUUCCCCUUGGAGCUGGACAUGACUCCAUUUUUGGCCUCCACUAAAGAGAACAGAAUGAAAGACAGCCAACCACCAACAGAUUGUGCGCCCAACGAGAAUAAGUAUUCCUUAUUUGCAGUGAUUAAUCACCAUGGAACUUUGGAAAGUGGACACUACACCAGCUUUAUCCGGCAGCAAAAGGACCAGUGGUUCAGCUGUGAUGAUGCAGUCAUCACCAAGGCUACCAUUGAGGACUUACUCUACAGUGAAGGGUAUUUACUGUUCUAUCACAAACAGGGUCUAGAGAAAGACUAGUCUUAUCAAACCACUUACCAGAACAAAGAAAGAAAGAAAUAGGCAAGGAUCCUGCUGUGAAACAAACCUGCCUACCUAUACAACAGUGAGCACCUCUUGAAAUAUCACUAAAACCUCCUGAAAUGGACAAUGACAACAGCACCUAUAUUACAGUUAGUACCUUGAUAUAAAGAACAUAUUUUACCAUGGCCUGUGGGAAAAAUGAAUACUAGCUAGUGACCAUUCAGCCUUAAAUGGGAGGAGGGAGGAACGGUCGAAAAUGGUCACAUAUAGCAUAAUUAAAAUGUUUUAGGUGGGGAGAUUGUGAAUAGAGAUGUUCUGGCGCUACUAUAUGUCAUUUGUUCUACAAAAAUAUUGUGGUAUUGUGGGAAGUUGGGGUAUUCAUCAGCAAAAAGCUUCACAAUUGGUGUUCCAGCUGUUGCUGACCAAGUAGUUUGGGAAAAAAAGAUAGUAUUUUGAAAGAAAAUUUUAAAAGCUUUAAAAGGAAAACUUUUAACACAUUUUUUAUUUUAAAACAAUGUUUUUAAAUGUUGAAAAAUUUUAAGUUAGAUAUUUUUAAAUGUUUUACAAUUGAAGUUUUUAAAUUUAAAACUUCAAAAUUAUUAGAAUAAGACUUAAAACGUUUUAGAAAUUCUUAGUUCUAAAAAGGUAAAAUGAAUAAAACAAGGAAAAAGAUUAAAAAUGAAAGUUUACUAAAAAUAGAGAAAAAUUCAGCUUUAAAAUUCAAAAGUUAUAAAAGAAAACUCUUAAAAGUUUAAAUGAAACAAUGUUAAUAUAAGUAAAUAUUAAAAUUAGAGCACAAAAUAUGUGUUGAAAAUCAAAGGAUAGCAAAAUUCAUGAAAGUUUAUUAAGAAAUAAAUUUUCAACAAAAUAUAGAAUGGAAUAAAAAUUUAAGUUUAGAGAAAAGUUUGAAAAGGGAUGUUUAAAACAAUUCAAGACAAAAAUACAAAAUUUAUUUAAAAAUUUAAAAUGUAAAAAAAAUCUAAAAAGGAUUAUUAGAGAAUAGAGGAUUUAAAAAUAUAUAAAGAACUUUAGACAAUUUGAAUUUGAGAGAUUUAAAUUAAAACCUUAAUAUUUAAAAAGGAUAAAAAUUUAAAACCAUUAAAAAUAACAUUUAAAUAAAAUCAAAUGAAAAAGUUAAAUAUAUUUAAAUAGAAAAAUGCUAAAAUUAAAAAGCUUAAAAGUUUUUUUUAACUUAAGCAUAUGAAAAUACAUACGGGUAUGAAAGAAGUAAAUGGAGGAGACAGGAAUAAUAAGACAAAGGUGUUUGUAAAUAUAUAUUUUUGAGUUUUAUGUUACACAUAAACAGAAUUUUGUAAGAAAAUGGACAUUAUAGUAACCAUCUUUUUACAAUUAAGUUGUGAGUUCACUGCAAGGCCUCAACCCUAGCCCGCCUUCCUCUUCUAGGUUCCACACCCCAUCUGAUUUCCUGAAGGAAGUAGAGCUAUUUCUUAGGCAGAAUCAACAGCAUCUGAGAAAGAUGAAUAUAGCAGGGACUCUCUCCCCUUUAGAACUGCAUUCAUACAAAUUAUUCCCUUCUGAAGAGGGGCUUUUGACAAUUUAAUGGCUUAGGGAUAUUAGAUCACAACUGUGAAGUUCUAGCCUUGAUGUUUGAGCCUGGUGGCCUGAUUGAGGAAGUGGCAGGGUUCCGUAUCUUAGGACCUCCCACCCUGCUUUCCCUCUUCCCUCUUCAUGGAGAAACAAGACCUUUAAGUUUCCACAGUAGAGCUAUGGGUUUGUGCUUGACUAUUCUACUUAUUCCUUACUUUCUCUUUUCCCUCUUAUUCCAUCAUUCAUGCCUGGUUCCCUGAACCCCUCAUUUACCUGACCUUACUUACAUCUCUUGAGUCCCAGCCUGUAGGACUCCUUCACUGUUUACUUGGUGGCUUCUAUUCCUCCUUCAAGAUUCAACUCACAAGUGACUUCUCUGGAGUCUUCCCUGAAUUCUGUAAGCAGGUAUUAAUUGGAAAAUUGUUUCUCCCUUACCUGUGUAUCCCUCUCACAGUGCCUCCAAAGUACUUUGUCUGUGAGUACCUCAGUGAUAGUACUUAUUCUACUGUGAUUCUACUGCAGCUUUGUGAUUGUCUGCCCCUUUGCACCAAGCAUUCUGAGAACAGGGGCCAAGCCUUAUUCAUUUCUGUGUUAAUAAAUUGUUGUUGAAUAUGGA